AUGCUGAACUUGGAGAGCUUGUCAAAGCAAGACAAAAACAGGACAAAGCAACUGGAAAACACAAAAUUGAAGUUAGCAGCUAAAGAGGCAGAGAUUGAAGGACUUCUGAAGGACCAUCAAAGAGUGCAGAAGGAACGAGAAGCUCUUCAGAGAAGACUGGAUGAGUACCAAGCUGCUGCUAGCAGUUUGUCCAAGGAAAUGCUAGAAAGGAACAACGAGGUGUCUGACUGGCGGGACAAGUGUGGGAAACUUUCACAAGAAAUCCGGGAGUUGAAGAACAAGGUCACCAGGGCCAUUUCAUGACCCAAACACAAAAUAUGAUGUGCAGAAAUCACUGCAGUGAACACACAAUCUUCCCUUUGCUUUGCAUUGCAAUUUGUGUGCACAUUUCUUUCCCUCACUUUCAAGGACGUGAUUCUUGAGCCUAUUCAGGAUUAACCAGCACUGGAUUUCACAAUCACUGAAUCAACCCUACUGCUUGUUUUCAAAUAAUUGGUCUCUCUUUCUGCUCAGAAUCACAAAGUACACCUGGGAAUGGAAGGUGCGCCAUUUCACAAUGAAAAA